AAAAUUAAUAAAUUAAUUCAAAAAUAUGGAGUAGAAUAAAAAUUAUCAUAUUUGCCAUAUCUCUGUGAUACCCCCUUUAUGCUGUGAAUUAAUUGUUAAAUACUUUUUAACAAUGCCUAAUUAUUAUUAUUUUUAGAUAACCAACUAAAUGGUUUAAAAAUAGUUAUGUUGUAGAAUGUCUGUCAAGCUUCAAUUCUAAUGUCAUACAACCUGCAGGAGAUAUGGAACUCCAAAAUUACGUGAAUAAAGAUAUGGCUUUUCUAAAAAUUGAAUUAAAACAAAUUCAAAGCAAUCAAUUGGUCAUUUUGAAUCAUUUGUCUUUACAGUUACAAUUGGAAGAUCAGCUUCGGGCCUUUGAGGAACAUUUUCCCGUCAAUCAGUUAAAUGACUGUCCAUUACCAAUAGACAAAAUUAUAGAUUUACAAACUUUUGAUGAUAAAAUUGCUGGUGAUAAUGAAUUUAGAACAUGUGUGGUUAAGGAAUAUACAUAAAUAGGUAGGGAACAUGUCAAGGCAAUGGUGCGCAGAAUUAUGUCCAAACUACGUACAGAUGAGUUGCUACAACACUAUUCUUACAAUGGAAAAAAGGAAAAAUUCCAUUUUGUUCUUUGAGCAUUUGUAGUGUUAUAUUUGUGCUAUAAAAAAAACAAGGACAGUUUAAACAUGUAUGCUGAUAUGAAAUAGAAGAAACCAUAAAAUAUGUUUUGGUUCAAGCUCCGUUUGCUAUCAAAAGACUCCUACAAAAUACAAUCAACUUAAUCAUUUUUUCUAUUUUCUAUAAAGUCUUGUUAUGAUUCAAUAAAAUAAACCAAGUUAAUUUUA